AUUCCCAUCAACAAUUAACUUCACCCCAUAACCAUGAAUGGCCUUGCCGAAUCUCAGAGCCUUAAGACUCGAACAUGCAGACAAAGCGCUAACGAGGGUAGCUGCAUUGGGUUUCACGUUCAUCGACGAAAACGCGCGAAUGGCUUCUGCUUCGAAGCCGCACUUGGCGAGGCCCGAAACCAUUGAGGUCCACGAAACGACGUCGGGUGAAGAAAUGAAUCUGAACAAACGCGAAGCCGAAACGACGUCGUCGUGGAUGAGGUAAAAGUGGAGCAGCGAGUUCUGGAUGAAGAGAUCGAAGUAGUGACCGGAUUUGAUGAGGUGCGCGUGGAUUUCGAGGGCUUUGGAGCGCGCGUGGAGGGAAGAACAGGCCUUGAGAGCGUGGGUGAAGGUGAAGUGGUUGUGGGAAGAAGGGUGAGAGAGCAUUUGGUUGUAGAGAUGAAAGAAUGCAUUUCGUGAGCUUGUUAGAAGUGCUAGUAAUGGGUUCAACAAUUGGGGAUUAGGGUUUGUGAUGAGUUGUUGUUGAGCGCGAAUUGCUAUCUGAUUCAGAUUCUGAGGCUUCAUUUGCUCCAACCCAGCCAUGUCAAUACGGGUUAUAAAACCGGGUGUGAAAACGGGUUGACCCGGUUACUGUCACAAAAUUACCCAAUUCAGUUACAGAUAUUCCUAACCUAACAUAACGUUAGCUAGCUUCGUUCACCUCGGCCACAGUACGAGAUUGUGAACCCCGUCUUAUAAUUCGAUUUUGUAAUUCUGAAUUUGCUGUACUGGUAGUGAGUGAGUUGUGGCAACGGUGGUGGUUUGAUCGUUCAAUUCAGCACAAAAGGGAUUUUGAGUUUGGAAUUUGUGGCAGUGCAAGUAAGCGAUAAACGAUGGGCAAGGCUUCAAGGGAUAAGAGGGAUAUAUAUUACCGGAAAGCAAAAGAAGAAGGCUGGCGUGCUCGAAGUGCCUUUAAACUUCUUCAGAUAGACGAGGAAUUCAACAUUUUUGAAGGAGUGAAGCGUGUUGUUGAUUUAUGUGCUGCCCCAGGUAGCUGGAGUCAGGUUUUGAGUCGUAAAUUGUAUCUCCCAGCCAAGCUUGCACCUGAUGUGAAGGAUCAAAAUCUUCCUCUUAUUGUAGCCAUUGAUUUGCAGCCAAUGGCUCCAAUUGAAGGUGUCAUCCAGGUGCAGGGUGAUAUAACUAAUGCUCGGACUGCUGAAGUGGUCAUUGGACAUUUUGAUGGUUGCAAGGCUGACCUGGUUGUGUGUGAUGGUGCUCCUGAUGUUACUGGGCUUCAUGACAUGGAUGAGUUUGUACAAUCCCAACUCAUACUUGCAGGGUUGACAAUUGUUACUCAUGUACUUAAGGAAGGAGGGAAGUUUAUUGCAAAGAUAUUUAGAGGAAAGGAUACAAGCCUUUUAUACUGUCAGCUAAAAUUAUUUUUCCCCGUAGUGACUUUCGCAAAACCAAAAAGCAGUCGUAAUUCUAGCAUUGAGGCAUUUGCUGUUUGUGAAAACUAUUCCCCUCCUGAAGGAUUCAAUCCAGAAGAUCUUCAUCGCCUUCUUGAGAAGGUUGGAAGUCCCUCAGGGGUAGAUGACACAGAUUGUUGUAGUGGGUGGUUGGAAGGCCCUAAUAAGGUGUAUAUCCCAUUUCUAGCAUGUGGGGACCUUAGUGGGUAUGAUUCUGAUCGCUCAUAUCCACUACCUAAAGUUGCUGGGGGAACCUAUCAGAGCUUGGAUCCUGUUCAGCCCCCUAUUGCCCCACCUUACAAGAGAGCUCUGGAGUUAAAAAAAGCUUCCAAUCAAGGACUCCGAGAACUUGAAAUCCUCUCAUUGGAUUCUUGAACGUGCCAUGCACUGUUUAUUCAUAAUGUCGUUUGUAACUUUGUUUUUUCUUACGAUGAUAUGAUUUGUGUAGUGAUAAUUAUUAGCGUACGUGUGAACUUUAACGCUUUCUUUUCUCUUGGACCAUCAUUGCAUGCUGGCGAGUCUUUUGUUGUCACAAUUUUUGAAAUGAAUACAAAUUUAUUUAU